AUGAGCGGCUUGGCGAACUGUGGCGCUGUCGGCAUACUUUGGCAUGUUGAAGAGAGAAGGGGUUGGAGUGAGGGAGGAGAGGAGGAAACGGUUGCAGGAGAGGAAGGCAAUCUGCACGAACGCGACGAUCAACAAUGAAGGUUUUCGAGAUAUAUGCACUUGGUUGUACUGGAACUACAGAGUAAAGUCUCGAUAAGCUGCGUA